ACGAAACCCACAUUGAUAAAAGGCAGCCCGGCGCAUUCAAUUAAUUAGAAUCCAAGAUAAUUUAGUUGUCUUUAAUUUGACAGGGUUGAAAAUGUCUACGGAUACCGAGCCACAAAUGUCUGCGGCUACAAGAGGAGUGAUGGCGUCGGUGCGGCGCUUGGUCCCGCCAAUGCUGGACAAAUUCCACAAAGGCCAACUAGGCCGCGUCGGCGUCAUCGGCGGUAGCGAAGACUACACCGGCGCGCCGUACUUUUCCGCGAUGGCCAGCGCGCGUCUGGGAUGCGACAUGUCCCACGUCAUCUGCACGCCGGCCGCCGCCGCAGUCAUCAAGACGUACAGCCCGAACCUGAUGGUGCACCCGCUGAUGCGCCAGACCUCCUCCGACGGCUCGAGCACCGCAAACAACCACGACCAAGACCCGGACAAAGUCGCGUCGCCGAUUAUACAGAUGCUAUCUCGACUACACGUCCUCGUGAUCGGGCCGGGGUUGGGACGCGAUCCGUUGAUGCAAGCCACGUGUGCGCGCGUCGUGGCCGCGGCCAGGGAACGCAACAUGCCGCUGGUGCUGGACGCCGACGCCCUGCAGCUGGUGCAGAGGGACCCGGCGCUGGUCAAGGGCUACAAGCUCGCGGUCCUGACGCCCAACGUUGUCGAGUUUCGGAGGCUGGCGAGCGCCCUGGGCAUCGAAGACGCCAAGGAGGGAGACACGGCGACCGCCAGGGCCGACGCCCUGGCCAGGGCGUUGGGAGGGGUGAUGAUUGUGCAAAAGGGCGGCAAAGACAUCGUCAGCGACGGUGGAGACAGGGACGCGCUCGUGGUCGACCUCGAGGGCGGCAAGAAGCGCAGCGGUGGACAGGGAGACACGCUGACGGGCUGCAUCGCGACGAUGCUGGCGUGGCGCAAGGCGGCGCUCGACGGGCUGUGGGAAGGCAGCAGCGAGGAAUGGCGGGAGGGCACCGGCGAGGCCCAGGGCAGUGAGACGGUGCGGCUGGCUGCUUUUGGCGGGUGUGCCGUGACGAGGGAGUGCUCGAGGCUGGCGUUUGCGAAGAAAGGGAGGAGUUUGCAGGCCAGCGAUCUCACGGACGAGGUCCACCAGGCGUUCUUGAAUCUUUUGGGGGAGGAGGAAGGGAAUGAUGCGAAGCUUUGAGCGCUCCUUGUGAUGAGGUAGGCAAACUUUGUCUGUGUAGGGUUGUCAGGCUUACCAAUGAUAGGCCGAGAAUCUCUGCAUUUGAACACAGAUAUGGAAAGAGGUGCUUUAAAGGUGCUGUCAAAAAGCAAAAAGCUCCCGUUGGCCGGUUAAAGCGCCGACUUAAUCACUUGAGGGUCUGACUGCGCAGUGAAGAGCUCGUAUCGCGCCGAUACGGCCGAUUCGUUAACCCGAUAUAGCGCGUGCUGCACAUUCUUGUUGCUUGUCCAGGCGGGCUAGGCUUGGAUCAUCAUCUUCAGGGAUCUGCCGGAAUACAAGCUUAAGUUCGCUAUCGGUAUCGAACAGUGCAUGGUGGAUGGUGGGUGGUGGAUGGUGGAUGGUGGAUGGUGGAUGGUGGAUGGUGGAUGGUGGAUGGUGGA